AUACAUUGACGAUGGUUCCAUAGGAGCCCUACCCGACAUUGUCACACAAUUCACUGCUCUCACGUACCUGAGUGUCACUCGAUCCAAGGUGCCGUCCACCAUUGAUGAGAAGAUCUCAGCCAUCAAGACAAUGACCCAGCUGCGAUACCUGAGCCUCGGGUCCAACUGGUUCUACUCUUCCAUCCCCGAGUGGCUCGUGCAACUGCCUCAGCUCCGCUACCUCCACCUGCCAUACAAUUUCCUCACAGGACCCAUCCCCCCCAUCACAGCGCCUCUCAGCUCAUUCGACGUCACCAGCAACCUCCUCUCGGGAACCUUCCCCCUCCGCAAAACGCCCAUCAAGGCCUGCCUCGCCGCGGGAAACUGCCUGGGAGAUGCGUCGGCGUGCGCAGUGGGGGCGGGGCAGCAGCGGGCGGACGUGGGCGACGGGUACUGUGCGGCGGUGGUGGGGGACUUGUGCCGCCCGGUUCCUGAAGCUGGGGAGACGUGGCAGGACCAGGUUGCUCUGCGCUGCUCAUCCCCGAGCGUCAUGUCCUCCACCGAUUCAAUGGAGCCUUUCGUGAAUGAACCCGAACCACCCAUGGAUGCUCCGGAAGAGGUGGAGCAGACCAAAGGCCCAGAGGACGCCCCCGUUACAGGCACAUCCGUCUCUGCGACAGAGAACAAUGCCUACGACUACACUCGCAGUGGUAACCCUACGCGGGAUGCACUCGAGAAGCUGCCAGCAGAGGUUAAAAUGGGUGCAUCGUGCCUUUGCCUUUCCUGUAAAUGCGUGCUGCUCUGUCUUCUCUUCCUUCCCAACCCCUCUCCACCGUUCUUUCACCCCGUUUCUCCCCUCAUGCAGGCUGUUAGCAGAGGUGAAGGGGGCACAUCGUGCCUUUGCCUGCUUCGUCUCCUCUUUCUUCUCAACCCCUCUCCACCGUUCUUUCUCCCUGCUUCUCCCAUCCUACAGGCUGCUAGCAGAGGUGGAGGGGGCGCAUCGUGCCUUUGUCUUCAGCACCGGAAUGGCGGCACUUGCUACCAGAGGUUGCUAGCGGAGGUGGAGGGGGCGCAUCGUGCUUUUGUCUUCAGCACCGGGAUGGCGGCACUUGCUGCAUCCACCAGGCUGGUUACCACCGGUUCCUCCAUUGUGGCGGGUGACGACAUCUACGGAGGCACCGACUGGCCGCUCUCAAGAGUGGGAUGGGACAAUGUCAAUGAUGUUGCUGCGGGUGACGACAUUUACGGAGGCACGGACCGGCUGCUCUCAAGAGUGGUGCCUCGUGCAGGUGUUGCUGUCAGGCGCGUGGACACAACGGACCUAGACGCAGUGAGGGCGGCAGUGGGAGAAGACACCAAGCUGGUCGUCAUGGAAAGCCCCACCAACCCGCGCAUGAUGAUCAGCGAUAUCAGGGCCAUAGCAGAGAUCGCUCACUCAGUGGGUGCGCUGCUACUAGUCGACAACAGCAUCAUGUCUCCGGUGCUCUCGAAGCCGCUGCAGCUGGGUGCAGACAUUGUGAUGCACAGCGGUACCAAGUUCAUCAGCGGGCAUAGCGAUGUGAUGGCUGGGAUUCUGGCUGUGAACGACCCAGAGUGA